AAUCGCCGUCCGGGUCCGUAGAGCGGCGCGACAGUCGGUAUAGUGGAUUGUAUCUGCGGCGGAACCAGGAGCGCGAUUGUUGUCCAUCAUCAGUGUCAAAGUUCCGCGUGGCUUCAGAUGGGAAGGCGCUCAGGCAAAGUUGUCAUCGGAUGAAGUGUGCCAGCAGCUGUAGUAGCAUUUAAAAAUUGUAUACAACUUUUUCACAAUUGUGAUAAGAUAAAUCCAAUCGAGGAUUAUUAUAAGAAAGUUUUUCUGUCCUCAAUUGCGGACUUAGCAUCCGCUAUUCAAGUGAUAACAGUGUCUUUUUAUCUAAUCACCUGCCUUAUCUUCAGUGACGGAUGCCUUUAACUGUGCAACUGAAUACUAUUAUUCAGUCUUGUUUUUACAAAAAAUAAUGCUUAACAAAAGUGCCGAACUUUUUACAUUCUAAUUGUUUUACAGUAGGAAGUGAUUGUUAAAUCGAACCGCGAAAAUGAUGGCCGACGGGUAUAUCAUAGGAGAUGGCUCCUGGAAUUUGCGGGUUUAUGUGACGGACCUCCAGGUGGAACGUAGCCUCCGGGUGAAGGGGGAUCUGCACAUCGGCGGAGUCAUGCUGAGGCUCGUCGAAGAUUUAGACAUAGCCAUGGACUGGUCAGACCAUGCUCUGUGGUGGCCUGCCAAGAAUGCUUGGCUGACACGCACACGCUCUACCAUAGACCAGUAUGGUGUCCAAGCUGAUGCCCUGCUGCACUUCACCCCUAUGCACAAAACUCUCCGAGUCCAACUGCCUGACCUGCGGUACCUCGACUGUCGUGUCGACUUCUCCGUCAAGACCUUCAACGCUGUCAUCAACCUUUGUAAAGAACUGGGUAUUCGCCACCCAGAGGAGGUGUCCUUCUGUAAACCUCUGGAACCAAACCAUCUCAAAUACAACCUCAAGGACUACCCCAACAAGAAGCGAGAGGUGAACGGAACCAACGGCAAGUUGAUAGCGGCAGACACUAACACAUUUAUUGCCAAUCAGAGUCCAGCUGGAUCAACGGGGUCUCUAGACAAAAGCCAACCCUUCAUGUGCGCCCCUGUAACUCCCAGGCACUACACCUCCACCCCCAUCAGCUCUCCCAUGAGCACGACUGGAACAUGGAAGAGGAACAACAACUCUGAGCUGAAUGGGAGUUACUCUCCAGCACUCAACGGUAAUGUGACAACACUGGAGAUGCUCAAUGGUAGCCUGGACUCCUCCCUCGCCCACAGCCCAACGCCCAACCAAGAAUCCAGGGCUACUCUGCUGCGGCCCAAGACCCUUGUUGAGAAAGCGCGCAUGAAUGUUGGAUGGUUGGACUCAUCACUGUCCAUCAUGGAACAGGGUGUGAGAGAAUUCGACACACUGCGACUUAGAUUUAAGUUCCUUUGUUUCUACGACCUGAACCCCAAAACCGAUGCCGUCAGAAUAAACCAGAUCUACGAGCAGGCCAAGUGGAUGUUGCUGAAUGAGGAGCUCGACUGCACAGAAGAGGAGGCUCUCAUGUUCGCAGCCCUACAGGUACAAGUGAACCUGCAAGCCGGUCUUCCACAGCCAUCGUUGGACAACAGUUCACUAGUAUCAGCUGCAGAUGAUGAGAUUGAUGCAGCAUUGACCGACCUUCAGGUGUCUUUGGAAGGCUCUCGCAUUUCCGGGACCAAUGACAUCACACAAGUGCCUGAACUUUAUGACUACCUGCGCUUCCUCAAACCUAAGAGAUUCACACUGAAGGCCUUCAAACGUUACUGGUUCACCUGCCGGGACCUUCAUUUGAGGCUGUACAAGUCGCGUGAAGAGUGUGGAGCUGGUGCAGCGCCAACACUGGACAUCAAUCUACGUGGCUGCGAAGUCACACCAGAAGUCAAUCUGAGUCAGAACAAGUACUCCAUCAAGCUGGAGGUGGCCAGCCCUGAGGGCAUGAGUGAAAUGUACAUACGCUGUGAGUCGGAGAGUCAGUAUGCCAAAUGGAUGGCAGCAUGUCGACUGGCAGCCAAGGGGCGUACGCUGGCAGAUGCAUCGUAUGAGACGGAAGUGGCCAAUAUCCAGGCGCUCCUGCGGAUGCAGCACCCCGCGCAAGCACCAGCCAUCAACCCUGCAUCUCUGGACAUCACGCCUGACGACUAUGUGGCUCCCCGCAUCGCCAAGAAACUGAAGGGAAAGUUAGUGCAGCGUAUACUGGAAGCACACGCCAAUGUUAAAGACCUGGCUUUGUUGGAAGCGAAGAUGAACUACAUCAAGGCCUGGCAAUCUCUGCCUGACUUUGGCAUCUCACUGUUUGUUGUCAAGAUCAUGGGACACAAGAAAGAGGAACUGUUGGGAGUUGCCUUCAACAGGCUCAUGAGGAUGGACAUCAAUACUGGAGAUCACAUCAAGACUUGGACCUACAAUACCAUGAAGGCAUGGAAUGUGAACUGGGAGGUGAAACAUAUGAUGGUGCAGUUUGAAGAAGGAAACAUAAUCUUUGCUUGCCAUUCGGCAGACUGUAAAGUAAUUCAUGAGUUUAUUGGAGGCUACAUUUUCCUGUCAAUGAGGUCAAAAGAAGCAAACCAGUCUCUAAAUCAGGACCUUUUCCACAAGUUGACAGGCGGUUGGGUGUAAAAAUUAUUUCCUGACCAUCAUAAAGCUUCAACUGUUCAGCUUAUUGUAAAUAGUGCCUGAAGAAGAUUCACUCGUUAACAUCUGUAGUACCUAUACAAUAUUCGUACCUAUACAACACGUUUAAAGUGCUUAAAAUAUUUAUAACUGUACUGUUGUUGAAUUAACUUCCAAGUCUUCAAACAUAACACCUUAAAUUCAUAUAUAAUGUUAUAGUUUUACACUAUGAUUUACAAAUUUAUUAACUUAAAUAUUUUCAACUGCCAUAAAAUUCCGUAAAAAGGUAUAUUAUUUGUAAUACGGGUGUGUGUUAGAUGUAUGAGACCAGUCGGUAUGUGAGAGUUAAGGGGACUGAAGAGAGAAUGAGUUAACGAGCCAUUAAAAUCAGCAUGGAAUUUAAGGGAAUGGGUUUUAAUUGUUGUACAUUCAAGAUUGAUAUGGUACAUGAGCAAUUUUUCAGUUUAAUCACAUUUAUUUUAUAAUUUUUUACAGUUACCUAAAACAAUAAUGUUAUAUCAGCGACAAUGAAUGAACUGUUGAAUAUGUAAAAACUUUACUAUAGUUAAUGUUAAACAUAUUUUUGUAAAUGUUGUACAUUGUGUUUUAUUUAAUUUUAAACGUAUUGAGUGUUGUAAUCAUUAUUGUGUUAUCUGUAUUGACUUAUAAAUUAUAAAUGUUUGUAACGAAUAGAUUUCUGUUUUAUUAAACUGUUAAGGAGUUAGCGUGAAUAGAACUUCUUCAAUUAGAGAAGCUGGUAAAUUUUACUUAAUAUAUUAUUUUGAUAUGUUUUGGAAAUAUGGAUGCAGAUACAGUUAAGUUCAGGCCAAAUGUAGAUGGCUUGUGCAUUUUGAAGUGACUAAAAAUUCAGUGCCUUAUAAAACUGAAAUCAAACACAUUUAUGAUUUAUAUUCUUAAAAGUUUAAGUCUUAGAGAGCAGGAUUAUGAGUAUAAUAUUGAAGCGUAAAUACGUGCCUCAUUCCCACAUAUUGUAGUUCUCUUUAAAUUCUCCCUUGAGUCAAUUUUUGUUAAUUUGUAAAAAUAUAGUUAGUUGUAAACUAUUUAAGUAUAAGUGUAGUUUUAUGUUGAAGUUUAGAAGAUGGAGGACGAGAAUAAACAUAACAUAGUCUUCCAAAAUUAGUACUGGCCUUAUCUGAAAAUGUUUAACAUUUAUACACAAAAUAGGGUUUAACCGCAAGCAUGAAAUCUCUUUGAUAUUUUAAAUUUUUCUAAUCAAAAAGUGCCCAUUUCAGUAGUGUUUUUAGAUUAUAUACUAAAUUAAGAUUUAAUACAAUCAAAUUGUGGAUUCAUUUCAAGAUUUAUUAUACAUUGUCACAUACUGAAAUGAAUAAUGUCUCCCAUAUCAAUAGCUAAUCUUUGGUAAAUGAAUAGAAUAGAGUCAGUGUUUAUACAGUCAUAAUGAAUAUAUUGCAUUUUAAUAUUCUUUCAGAUAGUACCUAUAAAGGAACAUUUUACAUGCAUGAAUGGGAUAAGUGUAAACUGUUAUUUUGCAAGCCAGUAUAUUAGUAAUAUUGAUCUUAAAUAUUAGAAUCCGUAUGAAGUAUUUAGCCUUUCGAUGUGUCAAACUAGCGCUUUAGUGUUAAUGUAAUAAAAUAACUAUUGACUGUUAAUUUGUUAAUAUUUAAGACUACUUUAUCACUAAACUACAGUGUAGCAUUCAGUGUGUUUAGCAGCAAUAAGGUGUAUAAUAGUGUAUAGGUGUAAAUAUAAAAGAAUGUAUUAAGCUGAGCUCUUACAGAUUAAAAAGUGAAAGAAUGAAAAUUUUCAGAUUAAUUUAUUUUUGUGGGAUUGCUGUACUCACGUUUUAUAUUGUUAUAAUAAACUACUACUAAUAUAAUUAAA